AUGCUCAGUCGUGUUGAACAGAACUUUCUAACGAGUAUAUUUCUCGUUUUUCCAUUCACAAUAGCUCGUAUAUCACAGCCAUUGCUUAUUCGUGAACUGAUUCUUUACAUUAAAGAUCGAUCAGGAUUACCUGCUUAUUCUGGUUAUCUAUAUGCUAUUGCUCUUUGUAUUGCUGUAAUUCUACAAGCAGCCUGUCAACAACAGAUUAUCUUUCGAAAUACACGCGCAGGAAUGCGAGUUCGCAAUGCAUUAUCAACUAUUAUUUAUCAGCACUUGUUAACUAUUAAUACUGCAGCUCUUCACAAGACUACUGCUGCUCAGACGAUUAAUUUAGUAUCAAAUGAUGCCAAUAAAUUUGCAGAAUUAAGUAUUUUUGUUCAUGCCUUAGUGAUGGUACCUCUGGAAGUUUUUGUAAUAUUUGGUCUAUUGUGGUGGAACAUCGGCCUACCAACUUUAUUCGGUUAUGCAGUGCUGAUUUCAGUAAUACCAAUACAGUUCAUUUUCAGUAGACAAUUUAGUAAAUACAGAAAAGCUACAAUGGCAUGUACGGAUAAGCGUGUGCAAACGAUCAAUGAACUUGUUAACGGAUGUCAAAUUAUUAAAAUGUACAAUUGGGAAAAAGCUAUGGAGCAACGAGUACGUGAAACACGUCGACUUGAGCUUUCAAACAUUCGUAAAGCGAGCAGUUUGAGAGUUCUUAACGUUGCUAUAUCCUUCGUAACAAUACCUUUGGUUUCUCUUGCUACAUUCGGAGGUAGUUGGCUCAUGGGACACACUUUAUUGCCAGAAAAUAUUUUCUCAACAUUAGCCUUCUUCACCAUGGUCCGACUUCCAUUAACAAUAACCAUGCCAUUCUUCAUUGAAAAAUUCAGUGAAGCUCGCAUUUCCGCAAGACGAAUCGAUCAAUUUAUGCAACUCGAUAUGUUGUUGAACAAACGUGAGAAAGUGAAAAGCAAAAAUGAAGAUCAUGCAAUCAUUAUGGAAGACGCAUCAUUUUCUUGGAAUGAUAGUUCGUCUUUAUUUUCACUCAAUCUCAAAAUCAAGAAGGGUAAUUUGGUUGGAGUGAAAGGUCCCAUUGGUUCUGGCAAGUCAACCUUACUAGCUGCUAUUCUCGGUGAAAUUAAUCUUGUCAGUGGAAAGCUACAGCUGCAAACUAAUUCGAUUUCUUAUGCUCCACAAUCGGCAUGGAUAUUUGCUGAUACUAUUCGAGGCAAUAUUCUUCUUGGCAAACCAAUGGAUGAAGAACGUUAUAAGAACGUAAUAAAGGCAUGUUGUCUUGAUCUUGAUCUACAAAAUUUUGGUGUGGUCGGUGAUUUAUUGAUGAUUGGUGACAAAGGUGUUAAUUUGAGUGGAGGACAAAAGGCCCGAAUAUCGCUCGCUCGCGCACUUUACGCUGAUGCUGACUUAUAUUUACUUGAUGAUCCGCUUGCUGCUGUUGAUCCCAAGGUAGCAAAAAGCAUUUUUGAUCAAUCCAUCGGUCCACAAAGUUUCCUUCAUGGAAAGACUCGAAUAUUGGUGACGCAUCAGACACAUUUUUUAGUUGAAUCUGAUCAAAUGCUUCUUAUGACCAAUGGUCAUAUAGAUGAAUUACAUAUUGAACAACAACCUGCAAUUGAGCCAUCGAAUGAAACGUCGGAAACAGAUUCAUCUAAUGACAAGGAAACAGAUUUUGUAUUGAAUACUAGUAUAACAGAUAUUAACUCGAUUGUAAAAAGUGAGACGUCAGUUGAAGGUUCCAUCAAUUGGAAUGUUUGGUUAAAACUAUUUACUUCACCACCGUUACGUUGGUUUGGCUUUUUACUUAUGAUUAUUUUAAUGUUCGGUAAUGAAGCUUUGUAUGACUUUGCAAAUAGUUGGCUCGCUCUGUGGUCUAGCAAAGAUGAAAGCGAACAACAAUCAUCAUUUUAUAUUUAUGUUUAUCUUGGAGUUAUAUUUUCUAUAUUGAUCGUUGCACUAAUACGCGUACGAUACAUCAUCUAUAUUAUGUUGUGUGGUUCGACCUAUUUUCAUAAUCGAAUGCUCAAGGGUAUUUUGUACACAUCGUUACGUUUCUUUGAAAAUAAUCCAAGUGGACGAAUAUUGAAUCGAGCAAGUAAAGAUCAACAAGUAAUCGAUGAAUCAUUACCUCUAGCUUUAAUUGAUACUAUGCAAUAUUUAUUAAUGACUCUUGGUUCUAUUGUAAUUAUUGGAAUAACCAAUCCAUGGGUGCUUCUCAUUCUUAUUCCUUUGGUUCCGACAAUUUUGUGGCUUCGUCGAUUUUACAUGCGUUCGAGUCGUCAACUCAAACGGCUCGAAAGUGUAACACGUAGUCCUAUGUAUACAUUGUUUUCAACGUCAUUAGACGGACUUACUAGUAUUCGUGCGUUUGAUGUUCAAGGUGACUUUUUGAAAAUGUUCAUCGAAAGAAUUGAUGCAAAUUCACGAGCUUACUUCAUUCUCUCUGCCACUACGCAUUGGUUCGGCUUACGACUUGAUCUUACGGCAUCGUUGCUCACAUUGGUUACUUCAAUUCUUGCAGUGGCGUUACGUCAUCAAAUCGAUCCAUCGACAGCAGCACUUAGUAUAAGCUAUUGCAUUACUUUAACAGGUCUAUUUCAAUGGGCAAUACGACAAUCAUCUGAAGCAGAAAAUUUUAUGACCAGUGCAGAACGCAUUUAUGAAUAUGGCCAAUUAGUACGUGAAAGCCAUCAAAAUAAUAACGAUAGCAAUGUUCUCAUUCAACCAGACAAUGAUUGGCCUUCUCGUGGUAUUAUCGAAUUUAAAGAUUACACUUUUCGCUAUCGACCAGAGCUGGAUCCUGUACUAAAAAAUCUCAAUCUACGGAUUGAAUCCCAGGAAAAGAUUGGAGUUAUUGGUCGAACAGGUGCCGGGAAAUCAUCACUUAUUCAAGCUCUCUUUCGACUUGUCGAUCAAUCGGCAAUCAAUGGAACCAUACUGAUCGAUGGCAUUGAUAUUGGACGUCUUUCACUCAAUUAUCUUCGUUCUCAUCUUAGUGUUAUUCCACAAGUGCCGAUUCUCUUUUGUGGUACCCUUCGAUACAAUAUAGAUCCAUUCGAGCAAUUCUCAGAUGAAGAAUGUUUGGCAGUACUUGAAGCUGUUCAACUUAAAAAAUUGGUACGAAAUUAUCCUGAUGGACUCCAUCUUUUGGUAGCUGAAUCGGGAACUAAUUUGAGUGCUGGUGAACGUCAACUGAUUUGUGUAGCUCGAGCCAUUCUAAAGAGGAGCAAAAUAUUGCUGAUUGAUGAAGCUACUGCACAUGUUGACCAUGCAACUGAUAUGAUGAUUCAAGAAGUGAUUGCUGACAAGUUUCGUGAUCGCACGAUAUUGACGAUUGCACAUCGAUUGAACACUAUUGCUAAUAGUGAUCGGAUUCUUAUGUUACAACAAGGAGAGGUUGCCUACUUCGAUGUGCCUAGUAAAACGAAUCUGAUGUAA